AUGGCGGAUAAGAGAGGGAGCCGGGGAGUCCCGGGGGCCACAAAAGGGGGCAGUAAUAACAAUAACAACCUUCUCUUCUCCACCGGGGAGCUCAGCUUCACCGUUCCCUUCAUCCCGGUCACCGGACCUGUACCCACCGUUGCAGAUGAGUCGGUAGAAGUGGGGGAAGAGGACAGUUUCUUGGGACAAACAUCCAGUUUGAACAGUACACCACAGACCUUCAGUUAUUUUUCACAGACAACAAGUCUGACCAGCUCGAAUGAUCCAUUCGCCAGUAUUGGACAGACACUUGCAUCCACAGCACCUUCAACAUCCGGUCCUGUCGCUUUCUCCAGAUCUCCAGCAUCGGUGCCGCUACCCUCCACAAUUCAGAAUGGACAGAGCAUUACCCCUCCAAGGACCAUGUCUCCAUAUCCUUCCAAUACUCCACCUCCUAGUGAAGUGGGUGGAGGCUCCAUCUGCCCUCCCCCGAGCACCUUCUCUGUUGCUCCUACUGUCUCCUCCCAGGCAGCCUAUAAUCCCUACCGCCACAACACCCAGAGCAGCCGGAUUAAUCCCUACCUGACCCCUCCUCAGCUUCAGCAGGAUCCUGCCACAGGGCUACCUAGCCAGACACUUCCAAUGGCUCCACCUAAUGUUUACUCAUCUGCUUCCCUACCACCGCCACCUCCUUCGGCACCCCCGUACAUGACAUCAGCAGCCACACAACCGUACCCCAGUGCCAGGCCUGCUGCUCCCCCAAUGCCAGCAGUGGCUCAUUUUGUGCCCCACCUGUAUGAGCCUUUCCAGCCUCACUGGUUCUUCUGUAAAUUGGUGGAGGAACGUGAAGUCUGGUCGCCGUUCAGCAUGUAUGACUCUGCAAAUCUGGAGGAGGUGUACAACUCCGUUCAGCCAGACCCUGAGAGUGUGGUGGUGAGUACAGCUGGUGGGCGAUAUGACGUCUGCCUGUAUGAUCGGGAGAUGAAAGCCGUCUACUGGAAGAGGAGGAUUUGGAGGUUCGACGCUGUUCCUGGUUCUAUAAAGGAGACUCGGACAGCCGAUUUGUGCCAUACUCUGAGGAUUUUAGUGAAAGGCUGGAGGCAGAGUAUAAAAAGGCAGUGACAACCAAUCAGUGGCAUCGAAGGUUGGAAUUCCCGGGCGGAGAAACCAUUGUAAUGCACAAUCCCAAGGUGAUCGUCCAAUUUCAGCAGUCAGCGAUACCUGAUGAGUGGGGGACCCCACAGGAUGGGCAGUCCAGGCCACGUGUGGUGAAGAGGGGCAUAGAUGACCAUGAUGAAGUUCCAGAUGGUGAAGUUCCUCAAGCUGAUCAUCUGGUGUUCAUGGUGCAUGGAAUUGGGCCGGUGUGUGAUCUGCGCUUCAGAAGUAUGGUGGAAUGUGUGGAUGAUUUUAGAGCAAUCUCUUUGAAGUUGCUGCAAACUCAUUUCAGAAAGUCGGUGGAAGAGAGCAAGGUGCGCCGUGUGGAGUUCCUGCCUGUCCAUUGGCACAGCGCCCUCCAUGGUGAUGCCACUGGUGUGGACAGGCGGAUCAAGAAAAUUACAUUGCCAAGUACUGCACGUCUUCGACACUUCACCAACGAGACCCUCCUGGACAUUCUGUUCUACAACAGUCCCACCUACUGCCAGACCAUCGUAGACAAAGUCAGUUUAGAGAUGAACCGGCUUUAUGAACUCUUCAUGAGCCGAAAUCCAGAUUUUAAAGGAGGGGUGUCUGUGGCUGGUCACAGUUUAGGCUCUCUGAUUCUGUUUGAUAUACUGUCCAAUCAGCAAGAUUUAACAGGUAGUUUUCCAGAUCCACGUGAGUCUAGCGAAUCAGAGGUGGUGCAAGAAGGGCUGCCUGACCUACAGGAGGCGCUGGAAUCUCUCAGCCUGUUGGAUUAUAUCACCGUGUUUGACAAAGAGAAGAUGGAUAUGGAGUCCUUGCUCAUGUGUACAGUUGAUGACUUGAAGGAGAUGGGGAUACCGCUGGGACCUAGAAAGAAGAUUGCCAAAUAUGUGGAAGAAAUGGCUGCCAGUCAGGUAAUAGAUGCAAAGUCCACUGCCACCUCUUUCUGCUGUGCACCUAGAGGCAGGAGUCAGGCUGUCUGUAAUUUAUACUCUUCUGUAUCGGUGAGGUAUAAUCCGCUGGAUUUUGAGCUGGUACAUUUCUUUGCUCUUGGUUCUCCUAUCGGGAUGUUUUUGACUGUCCGUGGACUGGACAAGAUUGAUGAAACCUACAGACUGCCUACCUGCAAGGGCUUCUUCAAUAUUUAUCACCCAUUGGACCCCGUUGCCUACCGGUUGGAACCAAUGAUUAUAGCAGAUCUGGAUCUGAAACCUGUUCUUAUCCCACAUCACAAGGGGCGGAAGAGGCUUCAUCUUGAGUUGAAGGAAAGCCUGACCCGUAUGGGGUCUGAUCUGAAACAAGGAUUCCUCAGCUCCUUGCGCUCGGCCUGGCAGACGCUGAAUGAAUUUGCCCGAUUUCACACGUCAUCUGCUCAGCUGCAGGAAGAACUAGAGAAAGUGGCUGACCAGAUUAAGGAAGAGGAGGAGAAGCAGAAACUGGAAAAUACAGAGAUCUGCAGAGAAGAGGACCUGUCCAUUAAGAUUGGCAUGUUGAAUGGUGGCCACAGAAUUGACUAUGUUUUACAAGAGAAGCCAAUUGAAAGCUUCAAUGAGUAUUUGUUUGCCUUGCAGAGCCACCUAUGUUACUGGUGA